AUGGCACAGAGCUUUCAUGCAGUCUUGAUUGCCAUCUGGCAGUCUGGUACCAUUCCCCCUGACAUGUUAAGGGACGUUGUCAUCCUUCUCUGGAAGGAGAAAGGGGAUCGUUGGGACUCUACCAGGUGGCAUUACACUGCUCAGCAUACCAGUGCAACUCUGUUUAGCCGGACCUCUUGGGCAAUCAUGUACUGCAUUUUCUCAGCAGUUUUUAAGCCUUCGGGGCUUCCUGUUUCUUCUAUCUGGCUGACUCUGUCUUCGUGUGUGUGCCUCAGAUUCGUGCGUUCCUCCGGCAGCGCUAAGCGGGGACUGGACCUGGGCUUGGGCCGCGGCUUCAGUGGAUCCCAGGCGGCCAAGCAUCUCAUGGGCCUCGCUGCCGCUAACUUCGCUGGAGGACCUGGCAGGAGGAGGAGAAGCCCCGAGGACGCCCUCCCCAGCGUUCAUCACCAAGACGAUAAUGUCAUGCUGUACGACCACGAGCGCGCUCCCAUUGCCGCCGAAGCUCCUGCCGAUGCCGCCCCUGCCAUGGUCGAGACCACUGGAACACAGUCUCGAUAAAUCUGUCAAGAAUUUGACUGUCACGUGACGCCAUACAUCACUUGUCUCGUGUCUCUACUCUUGCCGUCGUCCCAUGAUUCCUGUCCUUUUGCGCGAAAUGUAUAAUUCUCUUUCAAUAUAUAUAUAAAGCAUUUCUCUCUCACUUGAA